UAGGAGCUGGUUAAGUCACCCUUAAUCCCUAGUAAGAUGCCUGUAAACAGGGAAGCUGUUCCUCUGGAUCAAAGUCCCCUGCCUUAUUAGCUGCUGGAGGCAGGAGCACUGUUAAUGUGUAAGCCACAAGGAAGUGUAGGGUUAUAAGGUCCUCCAUUCGGAGCACUUCUGAGCUGUACUGCCGGUGGCUCCCUACCUGGUGACUCUGCCCGCCGAGGAAGAUGUCUGAAAAAUUCGAAAUCUUCAACCUGGAUAUGAAGACUGGGGACACCCUGAAGGUGAAGGGCAAGAUCUCUGGUGAUGCUCAAGACUUCUCCAUCAACCUCGGCAGCGCCUCCUCGGACCUGGCGUUUCACUUCAAUCCCCGCUUCACCGAGUCGGUCAUCGUCUGCAACUCCAGGUGCAGCAGAGACUGGCAAGCCGAGCACCGCGAUCACCACUUCUGUUUCACCAGGGGCUCCAGUGUCAAGAUCAUCAUCGAAUUCCAUGAAGACAAAUUCAAGGUGAUAUUACCGGAUGAUCACCAUGUGGAGUUCCCCAAUCGGCACGGCUUUGACAAGCUCAAGUACAUGAGCAUCAAGGGAGGGUUCAGGGUCACCUCCUUCAAGCUGGAUUGAUGGGCGCUGCGUCCUAUGUCCAAUAAAUACCCAGCUGGAA